CUGAGUCGAGAAAGAGGCAGAACCCCUCGUGUCAUCUCCAUGUCUCCACGGUGAGUCGUUGGAGCGGGAGAACAAGGUAGAACCCUGGAUGGAAGGUCCACGUGUCGUCGUCUUAAUAAUUCUACUGCUUUUCAUCUUCCUCACCCCCGAUCAACCUGCCCGUCGGAGGUUCAUUCUCAGCAAUGAGUCCAUCAAAGAAAGGCGCCAGGCACAACUCAGUGUGUUGACCAAUACCACUUACGGUCAAUUCAACCCAGAAGCUCAUCGCUACCUCAAUCUCAGCGGCUUCCGAGAAGGCGAUCACUAUCAGUGGAACUCCCUCGCUGCAGUUCAAGAUGCUACCAGGAAGCAAUUUCAGGCCAUCUGGAGCGGCCAGGAUCCAAUCAGCGACCGGCCGGUCUAUGAGCAGAUCACUGGCGAAAUCCGAGGCGACUUUACUAGACGGGUUGCUCCUAUCCCAGCUUCAGGCCUCAAUCUUACCGCGCUCGAUCCUCGUAAGGAAUACAUGACUCCGAUAUUUGAGAGGAACAUCACCGAAGUCAAUGGAGAGUUGAGCAUGACGUUGUUUGAUUCCAAUCAUAUUGGUAGUCACGAAACUGCCGCCAUUAGAGCCGACUUGUCCAUCUGGACCCCAUCUGCCCCAGGGAAUGGAUGGCAAGCCCGGGUUCAGGGCGUACAUCUUCCAUCUGGACAAGUCAUCAUGUCAACCACAAGCUCAAAGUUUAAUGCCUUUUUCGCCUUGCCUCAUUUUGCCCUUACGCCUGACGGUUUCAAUGCAUCUAUUGAAGUCAUGAAUCAGACCGUCCACAAGAUCUGGGAUAGAACCUUUGAAGAUAUGAAUGAUGGUCUCGCGUUUGCGCCGCAGUGUGAGCUCAUUGUUUGGCUGCAACCAAGGCCACAAGGCUUCCAAGGGCUGGACGCUGAACAGACAAGGACUUUUCUGCAUCAAGUCGAAACCGAGCUCCAAGCGCCCCAAGGCGCUCCUAUAGGCCAACCACCGCCACUCGCCUUUUCCGCUGUAAUCUUCUCCCCUGACUGCGGUUACGUCCUCGAGUCCGACUCCGUUUAUGGCCCCAAAGUCGAAGCAUACUGGACUCUCGCACAACGUCUCGUUUUUGCCUUUGUCACCAUCCUAGGUUUACAAAUUUCUCUGCUCAAACGACAGAUGGAGAAAGCGUCCACACCUUCUACCAGAAGUCGAAUCGCAUAUCAAGGUAUUGUCAUUGCGGCCCUUGGAGAUGGCCUCCUGUUAUUCGCAUUGAUUGCUUUGCUUAUGAUUGACGAGGCUGCAUUCUUGAUCAUUGCCUCUGCGGCAUUCUUGGCUUGCAUCCAUGUCGCUUUCCUUGAAGUCAAAUUUGUCUUUGAUAUCUGGACCAUCCAGGUCGGCGAGCCAGCCAGAGCUGAGCAAGAGAGACAGAGAAGGGCAGCUGCGGCUCCAUCUCCGGCUCGACCUACAGCUCCAGCAACAAACACUACUCCAUUACCCGUAAACCCGACUUCAGAAGGACCAGUCACACCUGGUACCACCAAUCAAUCCGUUCCUGGAACAUUUCCCACCCAGGCUUCAACUGCUCCAACAAAUCCCAACGCGCCCGCUGGGCUCCCCUUACCGGUAGUGGCUCCUCGACCGACCGGUGCUGUCCCCAUCAUCAUUCCAUCUGAUCAAGACUCGCCUUUCCAGCCCGAGAUUCCGAGUACUCGAGCAUCUUUUGCGGCCAUCUACAGUCGAUUUUACUUCUCGCUAGUCAUGCUCAUGUUCUUUUCCCUGUGGGCCAUGUCGUGGCCAAGGACGUUAAGAUCGAUGUAUGCCAAUUUUCUCGUUUUUGCAUAUUUCUCCUUUUGGUGGCCGCAAAUCUAUCGAAAUGUGAUGCGAAACUGCCGAAAAGCACUAAGCUGGGAGUACGUCAUCGGCAUCAGUGUUCUUCGCGCAGUACCAGUCUUGUACUGGUACUUUGCCGACAACAAUCUACUAGCAAUUGACACCAGUCCGAGGACGGCAUUCGUUCUACUUGGGUGGCUAUGGAUUCAAGUCGCGCUCCUGGCAAGUCAACAGUUUCUGGGCCCUCGGCUUCUUGUGCGCGAGUCGUGGUGCCCACCAGCUUAUAACUAUCAUCCGAUCCUACGCGAAGACGAUGUUGAAGCCAACGGAAUGUCAAUUGGUUUGCUAGCUUCGGCGUCCGAGGCCAAAGACAAAGAUGACAAGACUCGCAAGGUGUUUGAUUGCGCCAUUUGCAUGAACGAGAUUGAUGUUCCCGUGAUUCUCAAGGCCGAGCCAGGGGGGAUCAUUGGCAGAGGGACUGGAGCCACAUGGCUGGAGCAGAGAAACUAUAUGGUGACGCCCUGCAGACAUAUUUUCCACGCCGACUGUCUUGAAGGAUGGAUGAACCUGAGGCUGGUGUGCCCAGUCUGUAGAGAGUCAUUACCUCCUCUUUAGAUUGUAGAAUAGACCUGUCAAUAUAUAAACACAACGCAAACACUUUUUACUACA